UAACGUCCUUAUUGUAAAAGAUGAGUUUUCAUGGAUAAAUAAUGAAUUGAUUGCUGGAUUUUUUUCUGAAGCAUGCAGUUACAUCUUCAUCUUCACUGAAAAACAUUUCCAUACAAAUAUAUCCAUAAGAAGAGAACAAGCUAAUUUCCUUGCAGUAUUAUUACUGCAGUAUGUGGCCAUUAAACAAGCACACAAAAGCAAUUGUUCUAUUCUGGCUGUUCUACCAAAUUUGCUUUCAAUUAUAUUUAACCACACACACCGGAAAACUAAACAAACAAAAAAAGAACACCUGAAGGAAGCUCGGAAGGUAUCCUGAUCAAGUUGAUAUAUAUGAUUCAUGAGUAAUGACACCAUGGAAGAAAACGAAGUGGCAGAGAUUCACCACAACUGACCUUGCCUCAUGGUUCCCAGUGAAAUGGAGGAUGGCCUGUGCUUACUAGAUGUCAUAGGGGACCCUAACCUGUUAAAUGAAUUUCUCGAUGCGGAGGGAGAGUCUGGGCCAACAGCCCGACCCCAGGCAGUGGCUGCAGCUGCUCAGGCUCAGGCCGAGGCUCAGGUACAGGCGUCCUCGACCACUGAUGGCUUCCAGCUCAACUGUUCAUCAUAUGAGACUGACGUUACGGCAGGGGGCUUCCUCACACCCAACACACCUAGCCAACACAUAGGGACAUCUCAAGGAAACCUGAGCAAUGCCCAACAGCAGCAACAACAACAGAAUUCACUGUCUUCAGACACCCUUCAUUUCAUCUCGCAGCCUCUUCAUAACCAGUCCUCUACUCCGAGUCCUGGAAAUGGAUCCCCUCUUGUUCAAGCCCAGCCCCAGGUGAUCAACCCCCUGGCCAGUAACCACAUGCAGUAUCUGCAAGGUAGGAGGAGUGCUAGUCCAGCUACUGGUCAGCACUAUGCCAGUUCCAGCUCUCCACUGGUGUCACGUGCUCUCACACCCAGCCAGAGCCCCAUCACCAUCCAGACUAAUGUGGGCUCCCCAAUGUUCCCUCACUCCAUAGCUCCUAACCAAACUGUGAUUAAUAACGUCAAAGUCAGCCGAUCAGUCACACCAGGUCACACCUCCAGUGUAACCCCAAGCAGUGGCGUCAACAUCAACACAUUCCAGCUCCAGACCUCUAUGCAGCCCCCGAUGCAGGUUGCGAAUGCCAUGCAGGUACAAGGUAUCCUCCAGACGCCUACCUCGGCUGCGCAGACUCAGUUCACCACAUCUGGGGGCCAACAGUUCAUCCAGCAGAAGACAGUGGUCCCGAACAUAGUACAGACCCAGCCUCAGCAGAUCCUCCAUUCCCAACCAGCUCAAACAGUCAUUCAAAAUUUACAGAACCAAAACCUGCUGCAGGCUAUUCAGCAAAAUCCAGGGCUUCUGCAAAACAUGAAUUUUAGUACUGCUGUGAGUUCAGCUCAACAAGUGAAGUCCUCCGCGUCAGGCGUGAAUGUGUUUUCUGCCGUUCCAGGUUCAGUGCAAAAUACGGUGGGCCUACAGGGUACGAUCAUACAGACUGCUCAAGGGAAAAGCAUCCUGAUUCCUAAUCAGCUACAGGGACAGCAAAUAGCUGUGGCAGGUCUACAGAACUUACAACCUAUAGCUGUGAGACCUCCUGUGAAUUUAACCCAACAGCCUAGUGGAAGUGGGAUUACCACGAUACAGGGCACAACAUCAAACCCUGUCAGUCAGCCGCAGAUAAGUGUUCUCAAUAUUAACCCACAAGGCCAGCAAAUAGUUAUACAGCGAGCCCCUGGGCCUGGGCAGCCACAAAAUAUCAUUCUGAGAACACUUCAGCCUAAUUUCAUUCAGUUACAGACUGCAGCUGGUCAACCCUCGCAGAUAUCUACCUCCCAAAGCCCAAUCCUUUCCCAGAUUUCUCAAACUCCACAGAGUCAAGGCAGCAUUCCAUUGCAGCCACUGUUGAGCUCUAGUCAGGGACAGCAGAUCAAUUUACUUAACCAGGCUGGCCAGCUGCAGGUUGGACCACAAGGUACAGUGACACUGAAUAUUGGCAACCAAAAUGUCAAUUUACCACAGGUCCCCUCAGCUGGCUCGUUCCAGCCUACCCAGCUGCAGGCCCAUUCACAACGAUCCUUGUCAAAUCAGCCCACACUGCAGCCUUCAGCAACCUCUCUUCCUGUGAUAUCUCAGUACUCUAUUCAGCCUUCCCAGUCUGCUCCCCAAACUUCUAAUGUACCUUCUCAGCAAAAGCCAUCUAAAAAACCUAACAAAAAGGCUCAGGCUGCAGCCAAUAAGGCGCAGCAGUUGGCGGCAGCAACUGCCGGUAGUCAACCUGGUGUACAGAUUAUUCAGGCUGCUGGUCAAGGUGUUCUAGGGCGACAAACUGUGUUACAACCUCAGCAGACCCAAUCACAACAUGUUAUUAAUAACACUGGUCACAAAGAUAAUGUUCUAGUCGGAAAAGCUCAAUCCCUUACAAACAUCAUACAGACAGUACCAAAUCCAGGCUUAACUCAGUUCUCGAAUUCUGCUGGUGUGAAUGUGUCGUCCUUGAGUUACAGCACGGCCAACACUACACCUGUCACAACUACUGUCUCUCAUUCCUCUGGUCAAACCAUGUCACAUGUCAGUCUAGCUAACAGUGAUUACAGUGCCCCACUGACGUCAUCCUCUGUGCUAACCUCCCCACAAGUUACUGUAGUGAACGGUGCCACGGGGGCUGACCAAGCCUUACUCACCAACCAGGUGAACUUUGUGUCUCAGACUCUACAGGCGGGUCCACUAACCCAGUCUGGUCAGCAAGCCCAAGUGGUGGUCGGUGGUCAGCAGCAACAGUCAGCUGUCCAGCUUCAGAGCAUCCAGUUAUCCUCACAAGAUCAACUGGCCUUGCACAGAAUCCAGCAAGAGAUCAAGACGCUGCUGGAACGCAAACAACACACACCAGAGGAAAAAUUUAAAAUGCAGCAACUUCGUGUUCUUCAUGGCAGAAUAUUGAAUAAAGGGAGACAACAACAUUUGAACUCACAGCAAAGUGUCAACGCAGGGCAGAUAACUAUUGGUCAGCCACAACCUCCUACUCAACAGUCAGUUACAGAUCAACAACCCAGUCAUGGCCAAACUACUAAUUUACAAGUUGGUUUGGGACAUAAAAUGAUCAUUCCACAAGUUCCUAAUUCAGCUGGAACACAAACUGUGCAGGUGGCCCCUAGACCUGCUCAGAGCGUGAUCAGUGUAGCUGGGAAUAUACCACAUGUGAUUGGGCCUAAUCAAACAGUUGUUAAGCUAGAUACUGUUAAACCUGGCACUGUUAUACCAGGUCAGGUUGUGGGAUCCAAAACUGUAUUAGCCAAUCAGGUACUGGUUCCAGCAGUACCUGCUAAUGCACCUCCAGGGAAGCUGCCCAUCUCUGCCUCGCCAGCAGUGCCUACACAAGUGAAGAUUGGAAGUCAUGUGGUGACGUUGAAUUUGACACCUCAGCUCAAAGAGAAGUUACUUUCCCAGUUGGCCAAAAUGACACCAGAACAACAGCAGCAGUUUUACAGAUACCAGUAUAAUGUGAUACAGAGAUUACAACAACAGCACCAGAUACAGCAGCAGAUCCAAGCAGCACAACUCCGUAAACAGCAGAUAAAACCUGCCGAUAGCAAAAUACCCACCACAGUUCAGCUUGUGGAAAAGCCUGGGCUUGCAAAACUGUCUGAUAACUUGCAAUCUCCAAGUCGAGGAGUCAAAAGACCAGCUGCCACUGAAAUACCAAAGGGAUCCAUGAUACACCAGCAGUUAAGUAAAGACCAAGACAAAGCUGUCAAACCAGAUGCCAAGAUCCCCUUUAAGUCUGUGAAAGAUGCCUGCCAGCGACUUCUGCGUUAUCAUGUGUUCCAGUCCCAUGGUCCAUCCAAAAGAGAAUUCAAAAAAGUUGAUGGCUUGUUUGACCAAGUGUCACAAGAGCUGCUGAGAAAAAGAGACCAAAUGUUUGCUAAAUAUCAGCUUUUGUUACUGGAGGAAAGCAUGAGAGAAAAGUCCACUGCGGAAAUGGUGAUGAUUGAGCGUGUGCUGAACCAGGACCUCACUGAUGUGAUAGAAGAAGAGAAGAAACAGGUGGAGCAAGAUCCAGAUUCAUUUGAGGCAAUGCCAGCCAAGUAUCUGAAGCCUGCUGUAGAAGAGGUGAAAGAUGAUGGAUCAGAAGAGGAAGGGUCGGCAGCAAGUCCCACUGUGAAGAUGGAGGUGACAGGUAGUGAGACACCUGUAGAUGUAGAGCACGGCUCUUCCCCAGAGAACCCACUAGACUCUGCCAAGUCACCAGUGCGUUCCGUCAUGUCCAACGGUGGCUUUAAGCUUGUGAUACGUAAGAAUCAUUUCUGUAGCCCACGUGCAGAGGAGCUGACAGAAAAGAAAGCACUGGACAGUUCGGCAGAGAAAAAGUAUGAGCUGCCACCAGAUCAGGUGGUGGCUCCGACUGUUGACCUGGUACCCAAGGCAGAGACAGAAAUACAGUCAACAGUAUUAAAGUCAGAAAAAGUUAGCCCAAGUCAUAUUAUGGUUCCCCAGAUUAAAACAGAGCCAGAGUUUGAGUUUAAUCCAGUAGACAGUAUACAGGAAGUCCCCGAAACGCCAUUCAAAGCAUUCUCAGGAGAGAAUCACCCCCAUGACAUGUUUUUCGGGGACUCCGAUGCUUGUUCUCCAGAAGCAGACAAUGGUGGUUUCUCCUUACACACCAACACGUUUCCAAAGAGUGAGCCAGCGGCUGUGAUCAAAGAAGAAUCAUUUCCUUUAGUGUGUAAUUCUGGUAUUGAAGAUAUAUCUGGUGAUAAUGAAACUUUACCUGAUCUCGAAGAGCAAUCAAGUCUUCCUACAAACGAAACUGUGAAUUCUGCUGGUAGUGCUAGGUCUCGGUGUAACUCGGAGACAGAUGCUGCUUUAGAAGGACUUCUCAACUGCUCGAACGCUGACAACAUGGACGGUUACCAGUUUGAUCCAGAUGACUUCAAGCCAAUGGGCAAUCAGAGUGAGGUGUCCGCUGAUCAGUUUGACAUCAGCGAUCCGUUUGAUGAAAAUGGUGACUUUUUUGGGUAUGGUAGUGAAUACUGUAAUCAGACAAACAAUAUGAACAUGUCCACCACCAAUCAUUUACCCACUGUUAGUGAUGCCUCACAUCCCAUUCAGCACAGCAAAAUGAAUGGUACUGAUGGUGAAGGGCAAGGCAAUGGUCAACCGUUCAGCCUUGUCGGUCAGUAUGAGGCUAUUAGUCCAGUCAGUGACCGUAGUGGAGGCUUCAAUGACGAGUUAGUAAUGACAGGUGGGGGUCAGGGUAGAACAGUCGCGGGUCAGAUGAUGGGAAACCCACACAGCCCUGAGGGCUUUGCUUCAUUCUUUGAAUCAGCUCAGGCUGACCAUAGCAAUGGUGUUUUGCCGCCUAGAGUAAGCUCCAGUCGGACAGGCUCGCUCAGUGUGUUCACAGACAGUGGUGGAGUAUCCAACAUUGGUGGGUCCACCGAGAUAGAAUCUGCAGUUGAUUCCAUCAUGGAUUUUGGGGGUGGAGAUCAGCUGUAUUCCCCAAUGAUAGCAAACAAUCACGGGCGUGUUCAGAACUCCCAACCCUCUCCCCAAACACUAUCCAGGGCCACGGAAAGACCACAGGAUCUCAAAUCUCAUCCAGAUAAGGCAGCACAUUACAAUCUGGUGAGCAACUCUCCAAUAGACUUUGACAUAAAUGGAGGUGGGGACAGCUUAGAACACCAGGGGGAGUUCAUGUUCUCCAAGGAGCAACAUGAUUCAGGAGGAACUGGUCACGGUUCAAAUCCAGUUUUCAAGGAACAAAUGGAAAGUGCAAUUAACAGUAUCCUGAGCCCAUCAGUGAGUGACAACCAAGACUCGCCUUUCCCCAUGGACAGGUAUACGUACAGUCAGUUCAACAACUACGCAAGUCCACAUGAAGCAGUCCAGCAGUCGCAUAGCACAGAAACAAGUGGGGAGGUGUCUUCGCAAGGUCAGCAUGGCGUGGAGGAUGACUUGGAUGCAGCCAUCAAUAGUAUACUUAUCUGAUAUCAGUAGGCUUUGGUCUCUGGAGUGGUUCGUGCCUUGUCAUCAGUAUUGUGGCUACUUAUAUUUGUAUUGCUGUCGAGCAGGGGGCUGAAAUCAGUGAAACGGGUGAAGUAUUUAUUUUAGUAAAAGCGCUUCAAAAUGCCUGUUGGAGUGAGAAUGGGCCAGUGUUAAAUAUGCUAGCUACAAUUUUUCAUGUCAGUAUUUCCUUCAGGUGUUUUAAUCUUUUUUUAUCCACUCCAAGACUGUUGACAGUGGAUUGCUCUUAACUUACUAUCCAAAGUCAUAAUUAAUGCAACUUAUCGACCACCAUGGAGAAUUUCCAGUCAUGUCAUGAACAGGUGCACACCCUGUGUAGUCCUUCGAUGUGUCAGUUUUAAAAGAAAAGAACACACUUAUGCAAACUAUACUUUAGAUGAAAGCCAUACAAACUGUGUGGAAUUCUACUUUUUUAAAGAUUAUUUUAAGUUUACUUAAGACAGAAAAACAGUUUUAAACAUCUUCAUUUUCUACAACAUCCACAUAUUUGAGGCAUAUUGAAAGUCCCGCCAUGUUUUAGGCUUGUCCAAUGAAAAGCCUUUUUUCUGCCUCUUGACUAUUCAUUGUGACAUCGAGGUGCUUAAGGUUUUACUCUUACCAUAUAAACGAGCAUUUCCAGUCUCGGCUAAAUACGUACCUAUAUUGUAGCAGUCGGGCAGUUAAAGGUCUGAAAGCCAACUCUGAAAAGGAAGAGUUUGGGAUAUACUAGAGGACCACAUCUUGCCUACAUUUGUAGCUGCUGUCUGCCAAAGUUGUACCUGAAAGAGCCACUGCGCAAAGCUAAGCACAAUGACGUGUGUAAUCUGUUCAAAUGGUGGCGUAAAGGAGACUUCUAAGCUUUCGAUGUUUAACCGUUAAAUACUCAAAUAAGCCUGCUGUCGGAAUAUUUAGAUAUUUUAUUUAACCUUAAGUAUAGGUUGUAUAAAUGUGUUCUUUUCUUUGAAGGGUACGAGCCUCAAGAGCUGAUAGUAGAGGUGACCUGGGUCAGUAACUUGCUGAAGUGAGGGGCCUAAUUACAUGCAGAAUAAAUCUACACAAAAUGCCAAAGCUGUGGAGAUUUAAUAUUUUUUGCAAUCUUUAUCAACAUUUGGUACUUUGCAUUUCAUGCAUUGAGAGGAGAUAAUUUUUUGUAGGAGGAAAAAAAUAUUAAACUAGUGUUGGGUGAAAGCGAGGUAGGGUAGAUGACCUUGCGAUUUGUUAGUCUGUAUCAUUGUCAUACAUUGAUUUUGAAUGAAAAAAAGUUAGUCCUUUUAAGAUAACUGAAUGUAGGAAUGUUUCUUGUUUCCUAUAAUGUCAUGUCAGUUGUCUGUUGAAAUUGAGAUUUGUGAUAGUCCAGCACCUUCCUAUUUUCUGGUUUUGGAUGCGAGUUUUGAACUAGGCCCUAGUAAAGUCUCUAGAUCCAGUUUAAUGGAAGCUCUUGACUAGUCUGCCUUCAUUCUCUUUCAUUUCCCAACAAUUACAUCAAUUGAUAUAAUUCUUCCUGAUUACCUGAACACUUAGACAAAGUCUUUCUGCUUUGAUUUCCUGCAAUUUGGUAUUGGCACCAUGAAUGAAAAUACAUGUAUGGUCAUUGCAGUGUUUUGAAAUGUUGGCACCAUUUUUUCAAAAUAUUGGUUGGUCUAUAGCAUUCUAUCUCAAACUAUGCUUUUUAUUCAAAGAUUGGUGAGAAAAUGGAUUUAAUAAUGAAUUUCUUGAAUCUGUACCUAUUAUAGUAAAUUAACUGCUGUUUGGUUAGAGUUUUAAAUAUGAAGCUUGUCAUAUAUUUGUGUGGCAACUUAUAGUAGUAUUGGUUGGAUGUUAAAGCGCAGAUUAAAUAAAUGUCUAGUGUCAUUUAUGGUCUUGCUGUUAUGCCUCAAACACCAUAUGAAUUUAUAUUUUCUCUCUCGGGUUAAGUUUCUCAAAAUACGAAAUCUCAGACACUAUGACACACCCAGGCUUAUGCUUAGGGUGCCACUUAACAUAAAUACCAAAGUUCUGAUGAUGGAAGAAAUUAUACCAGCUGUUGGAUCUUGUUCAGAAGUGGAACCCACCUGUUUGUAUUUUAGACGAAUUAUUUUUAUACAUCCUUGUGCAGCAUGUUCAUUCAUAAGGAAAUUGAUAGGGAAUUCUACAAACAAGUGAUUUGAGGUGAGGAUAAAGAAAUUUACCUGAGUAAAGUGAUUUGAAAGAAAGCGCUGAGGACUUAGAAUGACAGCUGUACAAAAAUUGGUGAAUUCAGAUAUAAAAGAAAGACAACCCACUUUCUCUCCACUGGUCAUUCUUCAGUGUUCUGUGUGCCUCUGGCCACUUUAAAGAUUAGCAGCAAAUCUAGUUAAAAUUAGUAACAUUUUUUCCUAUCCAACUCCUGCCUGCAUUGACGUUUUGAAGUUGGAGAAUGUUCAACAGAGUAAUCUUCUGUAGAUUUUUCCUCUCGGGAUUGUCCUGGUACCGAUUUACCAGAAGGUGAGCAUUUCAACACUGCAUGGAACUACAGUAGCAAGGCAUUCACAUCUGUCGGUUUUAUGUAGCCAUUAUAUAUGUGGUUACGUUUAGACAACACCACGUGUACUGUGUUCUGUGCGGGUAAAACCAUGUGUGUAAAGCCAUGUGUUAUCUAUAAAAUGUGGUUUUGGAGUGUCGGCUGAUGGUAAUCUAUAUUUUAUUAAGAUUAAGGUAAAAAAGAAAACAGUUAAGUGCGUGAAUCAUUCCCUUGCUCCUCACAUCAGAAAGUAGAUAUUAUAUCCGCAGCAAACAGAGCUGUUCAUUGAUGGUUCCUGGUCUUUCAUAACCUCCUAAAACUAUAGCAAAUGCACUUGCACGAGUGCCACCACAUGCAGAUAUUUUCUUGCUAUGUAUGCACAUUAUUUAUACUGAAUCUGUGUUUUUCUGCCAGCUUUGCUUUUUACUUCAGACUCAGUGCACUUUUGUUACCUGUUCUUCACCUGGAGAACUUGAAGUUUUUCACAUGAUAGUAUAAUGAAUUUUGUUUAUCAUCCUCUGUAAAAUCGAUGAGAGAACAAGUCAUCAUCAUUACAUUGAAUUCAUUGUGAACAUCAUUGCUUACCACCCAGCUGAUUUUAAUGCUCAUUUUAGUUCCAUGGGCGUAAUUCCUGUCGAUAUUUGUUAUGGAAAUGAAUUGUUUAAUUGGCUAUUUUCAAUCUCCAUAUUAUGGAAUAGAAAUUUGUAUAUUUGUACUUGGCAGGGAGGCAGAAGAGAUGACGCGAAAGACAAAACAUGCUAUUUAUAUAAUGAUAUGAAUAAAUACCAUAUUUGUACAAUGUA